UCGAUCAACUCUACACAAGGAACUUGAAAAAUGCUGCAAAAUAUUGGGAAUCGGCUUCCAAAAUCUCAGAUUUCCUUGUAUUGACGCAUUAGAAAGGUGUCUCUUUCCCCCAAUGCCAGACCAAAAGCUGAACUUGAAAAUGUUUUUGUUUUUAGCGAUUUGACGUGGGCGUCAAUACCACAUCCGUAAGUUGAAGGUAAAACCAGUCGAAGACUCGACGAUAAAUCGAUGGUUGUCAUGGUAACAAACUUAAAGUCUUUGGCAGCAGGGCCAAACAUGAAGAAAGUUGAGAACUUUUUAACCAUGCACACACGUUGAUGUUGCAAGCGGCUUCAGUGUUAAUGAAAAGGAAAACUACAAAACAUGGGAAUGUUGCACAAUUUAACCGACUUGAUCAAAAUCAAAAAGGAUAAGAUGACAAUAUUGGUACUGGGCCUAAAUAAUAGCGGCAAAUCGACCAUAAUCAAUCAUUUCAAGAAAUCCAAUGACCAAAAUGCCAUAAUGGUGCCCACAGUGGGAUUCAUGAUUGAACAAUUCUACAGUAUGGGCGUCAAUAUAAAGGCCAUUGAUAUGUCGGGAGCAACGCGUUAUCGUAAUCUAUGGGAGCAUCAGUUUAAGAACUGUCAAGGGAUUAUCUAUGUAAUUGAUUCCAGUGACCGCAUGAGAUUUGGUAAGUUUUCUGCUUCACCCAUUCUCAGCAAAGUUUCACUCCUCCUGUUUGCAGUUGUUAUCAAGGAUGAAUUGGAUCUUGUGCUACAGCAUCCAGAUUUAUCACGAUCUGUACCCAUUCUAUUCUAUGGCAAUAAAUCCGAUUUGGAGGAUUCACUUUCCAGUGUUAAAAUAGCAGCAGCUCUCAGUUUGGAGAACAUUAAGGAGAAACCAUGGCACAUUUGCUCAAGUAAUGCCAUCUCUGGUGAAGGUCUAGGCGAGGGUGUCCAAUGGUUGGUUCAGCAGAUACGUUUUGCCAUGUUAAGCCAUAAAUCGGGACACAAAGUCAAAUCCAAGCACAUCAAAUGAAUGCCAAAAACAAAUUAUAUUAAUAAUAAUAAAAUUGAAAAUCAUUUCUUGUUAACUUUUAUGUUUUAAUGGAUGUUGUCAGAGCAAUGUUGUUAUUUACGAGUAUUCUUUGAUUUUCAAAUUCAAAU